AUGUUGGACACCUGUUUUGGACCAGAGUUCAAGCGUCUAAUCCGGUAUCGCCAGUGUUUUAAUUGUUGCGCACCACAAGUUCGGCCUUACCUUACUCGCCGCUCACAUCGACUUAUCAUGUUGCGGAUACAAGUGGAAAAAGCUACCAAUCUAAAAAAUGUGGAGCUUGUUGGAAAAAGUGAUCCAUAUUGCAGACUUGAGUUUAAAGGUGAAAAGAAAAAGACUAAACAUAUCAACGACAACCUAAAUCCUGAAUGGAAUGAGAGCAUUGAGUUCGAUUUGAAAGGCGAAGCACUUGCUCCAAACGAUACGCUUGAGGUCAAAGUUUUUGACCACGAUGAUAUUUCGGUUGACAACGGUGGGGAAAAAGAAAAGAAGGAAACCUUAAUCCUUAAUGAUAAAAACAACCAGCCUACACAGCAAAGCAUCGAGCUCACCAUUACCUAUGAACCGCCAGCUCAGGGAGGUGCCACUGGAAGUGGUGGAGCUGCCGGUGAGAGCGGUGGCAGUGGCGGUGGUGGCGGUGCCGGCGGCGGUGGUGGUGGUGGUGGAGGCGAGGGCUCUGACGCCUCAGGUGGCAUCGUAAGCGAAAAAAAGGGCAAUGUCUCUGAUCUCCUCCCUGCCAUAGACAAAUCCUACUCCACAAAGGUUCAGGAUUUCCAGGUUCGCAUUCGCGUUCAUGGAGCACGCCAAUUGCCUGGAGGAAACAUUUCGCCACUCUGCAAAGUGGUGUGCUGGAAUCAGACGCAAGUAACAGCGGUCAGACAUUCUACUAACACGCCCUUCUGGGGAAAGACCUUCUUCUUCAACUUCCAUCAAUCACCUGCUGAGUUAUUUCAACACAACAUUGUUUUCGGAGUGUAUAAUUCGCGGAAACUCCGGUCCGAUGCUUUUAUUGGUAGUUUUGAGUUGAACCUCGCAGCCGUUUACGAAAGUCCCAACCAUGCCAUUAUGCACAAAUGGCUUCUUCUUGGUGAACCCGAGGACCCCCAAGCUGGCUCAAAGGGCUAUUUAAAAGUUGCCUUGGUCAUCUUGGGCCCUGGUGAUGAAGCACCGGACCUUAAAGGAAAAGAAGAUUCAGACGACGAAGAUAUUGAAGCAAACAUUCUGCGACCUGCCGGUUUGCAACUCCGACCAGCGUUAAUGAGGUUCCUAUUAUAUACUGGAGAAGAUUAUCCAAGGAUGGACAGUAAUGCGUUCUCAGGUGUGAAGAAACUUUUCAAGGGUGGAAAGGAGGACAAGGACUUUGUUGAUCCCUUCACAUUGGUGAAAUUUGCCGGAAAGGAGUUUCCAUCCAUGUGUGACAAGCUGGCAAUAACUGUCUACGACUGGGAUCGUAUGAGCAAAAACGAUGCAAUCGCAACUGCAUUCAUCAAGAUUGCUGACAUCUCUGCCUUGAGAGAUGGCGAUGACGGUUAG